AUCUUCUUGUCUCCUAGUCAAAUUUCUGACCAGCUUCUUCACACUCCUUACUCCUUAACAUUUCCCUCAUCUUUUCCUAUCUUUUAAAUAUCCAAUAAUUUUCAAAUUAUUAUAGUUUUCUCCCUUAUUAAAUCCCAUUUAUUUUCGUUUUUUUUUUUUUUUAAAUUUCCUUUCCCCUACUUCAAAUACGCAAAAAAGGCAACAUCAUUCACAUUGUAACUGUAAUAAGCAAUCACCACCACAUUUUCUUCUUGCUUUCUCAUUCUCUCUCCCUUAAAAAACCGUCAUGGGAAAAGCCACAAAAUGGUUAAAAGGAAUUUUUGGGAUAAAAAACCAAAACAAAGACGCUCAAAAAUACCCAAAUUAUGAGUCCGGAGACCGGAAAAGGGCGAGUUUCGGGCAUUCGGGUCGAAAGAAAUCCGGGUUAGGGAAUAAUCCGACUACUGCACCGCCGAAUAUAUCGCAUUCUGAAGCUGCUUGGUUGAAGUCCUACUAUGAAGAAUCUGAAAAGGAGCAGAGUAAGCAUGCUAUUGCGGUGGCUGCAGCAACUGCUGCGGCGGCUGAUGCGGCGGUUGCGGCUGCUCAGGCGGCUGUUGCUGUUGUUCGUCUUACAAGUCAAGGCCGUGGUACGAUGUUUACUGGUAGCGGUGGUGGUGUUGGUGUUGGUGCUGGUGCUGAUAAAUGGGCUGCUGUUAAAAUUCAAACUACCUUUAGACGUUAUUUGGCGAGGAAGGCACUAAGAGCGUUGAAAGGAUUAGUAAAAAUUCAAGCAUUAGUAAGAGGAUAUUUGGUAAGAAAACAAGCCACAGCAACACUUCAUGGUAUGCAAGCACUCAUUCGAGCUCAAGCCACCGUCAAGUCUAAACGGGCCCAAGCCCAAGCCCAAGCCCGGGUCAGCUAUCAUGGUUUUUCUAGUAUUUCACAACAAGAAUUCAUAGCUCGGAGAUCCUUGGAAUUACUUGAUGACACCAAGAGUGAGCAUGGAGCAUCAGUACACAGCAGGAGGCUCUCAUCCUCCUCUGAAAGCAGAGCCUUCAACCCGAUAUCCGAAGACAUACCCAAGAUAGUCGAGGUGGAUACGGGUCGACCCAGAUCAUCAUCAUCCAGAGGGUGGAGAUCCAGUAACAGCCCAGGACUAAGGCCCGAACCAUAUGAGCCCGAUCCAUUGUACCCGACCCCCCUUUCAAUCCCAAACUGCCAACACUGGCACGACACCGAAUGGGGCCUAACAGGCGACGAAUGCCGGUUUUCAACGGCCCAGAGCACGCCCCGGUUCAUGAAUUCAACCGGGCCAAAUCCAGGCCCAGUCACCCCAUCCAAGAGUGUAUGUGGGGAUAAUAAUAGUUACUUCUUAAGGCAGUAUGGAAGUUACCAUCAACACCCUAAUUACAUGGCUAAUACACAGUCCUUUAGGGCAAAGGUGAGGUCCCAAAGUGCCCCUAAACAGAGGCCAGAAACAGGGUACUCAAAGAAAAAACUGUCCUUAAAUGAAAUGAUGGAGUCUAGAAAUAGUCUAAGUGGUGCAAGAAUGCAAAAGUCAUGCUCCCAAGUUCAAGAGGCUAUUAAUUUCAAGAAUGCUGUAAUGGGUAAACUUGGUAGGUCUUAUGACUUUACCCGGGAGCCCGAACUAGAGCCCGAGGUUUAUCAUCUACGAAAGGAUAAGUUCACUUGAUCAUGUUAAAAAAAGGGGCUAAUAGAAUAUUAAGUAGUUUGGUAAGGGUAGAUUAUCUAUAAAUUCUGUUAAAUGUAGCAUGUACCAUUUCGGUACAUUAUCAUUAUUAUUGUAAUUGAUAGCUAGCAAUUAGAAAGUGAUACAAGAAAUGUAAAUUGGUUUGUUUGGAUAA